GCAAGCGCAACGCUUCCGCUCCAUAAUCUUACCGUUCGACCGCCACACACCACGUUUGUCAUGAAAUUCACACUUCAGGCGCACACAUUCGGGGAGACGUGCUCCAGAAGAGCUACACGCACCCCAUUCGUCUUGUGCGGCUCAUUGGCGCUGGAAAUUGAUCAGUAGAAGUGCAGUAUCAUCAGCCAACGGUGACAUUCACUACGCCGUGCGCGCAGACUGGCAGGCUGCUGUACCAGCACUAUGGAGGACAAACCCAAGGAUGAUAACGCCGCGAAGGGACAGGAAUCGAUGUCCUAUCAACGGAGGAUGUGGAAGAAUUUCCAAGAAAAAACCAAACCGUUUUUGAGCCCCAAAUUGGGCUCUGAGCGUCGCAAUCCCGACAGUAAAAAGGAGACGGGGUUAUGGAUGUUUAAAAGGAAAAAGAAACAGUUGGACCGUGUCUUCUCGUCCUCACAGCCCAAUCUCUGCUCCUCUACCCCGUCGACUUUCCCAGGCGACCUGUCCCUCAGCGGUACAGCGGAUCCUGGGAACAGCAGCACGGGGCAACCUAUGCAACAGCUGCUGGGGGCCGAUGGAGUGUCGGCAAGCAAGCCAGAGCUAACGGGACACGGGAGCCCGAAGCUCAUCGCCUCCCAUUUAAUCAUGUCCCAUCAGAUGAGCUCCUCUCUCGGCUCUGCAUGCUUCGAGAAGCUGGUAGUAAAAUCUGCGGUCGUUGGAGAGGAGGAACAGCUCCGCAAAAACGCCAGUGAUUCUGGCAUCAACAUUGUGAAGCCAAGUAAUGCUGAGACCGCCCCUGUUGCCAACCCAGGGAUGUACCAGCUGGACAUCAUUCUGAAGAAAGGACACAACCUCGCCAUCAGGGACAGAGGAGGGACAAGUGAUCCGUAUGUGAAGUUUAAGAUCGGUGGGAAGGAGGUGUUCAGGAGCAAGACUAUCAAUAAGAACCUGAACCCAGUGUGGGACGAGAAGGUCAGCCUACUGGUGGACAGCCUCCGAGAACCCCUCUAUGUCAAGGUGUUUGACUAUGACUUUGGCCUUCAGGAUGACUUCAUGGGUUCUGCCUACCUCUACCUGGAGUCUCUGGAACACCAGAGGAACCUGGAUGUGACCCUUGACCUUGAGGACCCCCAGUACCCCGACCAUGACCUGGGAACUCUAGAGCUGGCAGUCACACUGUCGCCCAAAGAGGGAGACUUCGGGGAAGCUACCAUGCUUUUGAGAAGGAGCUGGAAACGAUCCAAUAAGCAGCUGCAUUCAAGUAUGCGGUUGUCAGAUGUCCACAAGAAAGCUCAGCUGUGGAGAGGUAUAGUGAGCAUCAGUCUGAUUGAGGCUCGUGACCUCCAGCCUAUGGACGCCAACGGCUUCAGUGACCCCUACGUCAAAUUCAGACUGGGCCAUCAGAAAUACAAGAGCAAGACGAUACCCAAGACUUUGAACCCCCAGUGGAGAGAGCAGUUUGACUUCCAUCUGUAUGAGGAGCAGGGGGGCUUCAUUGACAUCACCGUCUGGGACAAAGACGCAGGCAAGAAGGACGACUUCAUGGGCAGGUGUUCGAUAGACCUGUCGCCGCUGAGUAAAGAGCACACUCAUAAGUUGGACGUACCGCUGGAGGAGGGCGAGGGCAUGCUGGUGCUGCUGGUCACACUCACGGGGGCAGCAGCAGUGUCCAUCUCAGACCUGUCGGUCAAUAUUCUGGAUGACCCACACGAGAGACACCAGAUACUACAGAGAUAUAGUGUUCUGAGGUCGUUCCACAACCUGAAAGACGUGGGUAUGGUCCAGGUGAAGGUCAUCAGAGCAGAGGGGCUGAUGGCAGCAGACGUCACGGGCAAGAGUGACCCCUUCUGUGUGGUGGAGUUGAGUAAUGACCGGCUACAGACACACACCGUCUACAAGAACCUCAACCCCGAGUGGAACAAGGUCUUCACCUUUAACGUGAAGGACAUCCACUCAGUGUUGGAGGUGACGGUGUACGACGAGGACCGAGACAGGAGUGCAGACUUCUUGGGGAAAGUGGCCAUCCCUUUACUAAACAUUCAAAAUGGUGAACGGAAAGCCUACGCCUUGAAAAGCAAGGAGCUGACAGGGCCAACAAAAGGGGUCAUCUUUCUCGAAAUAGACGUGAUUUUUAAUGCUGUGAAGGCCGGUCUCAGGACAUUGAUACCCAUCGAGCAGAAAUACAUUGAGGAUGAACCCAGAGUGUCCAAACAGUUGCUGCUGCAGAACUUCAACAGAGUGAGGCGCUGCAUCCUGUUCCUCAUCAACUCCGGCUGCUACAUCAACAGCUGCUUCGAAUGGCACUCGCCUCAGAGGAGCAUCUGCGCCUUCCUGCUCUUUGUUCUCGUGGUGUGGAACUUUGAACUCUACAUGAUUCCUCUGGCUCUGCUGCUGCCGCUGGCCUGGAACUAUAUACUAGUCGCUUCGGGGAAGGACACUAGGCAAGACGUGCAAGCGAUGGAGGACUUGCUGGAGGACGAGGAUGAGGACUAUGACAAAGAUGACAAGGUGCCUAGACCUGGCCCUUCGGAUGACGGCCGACUGCCUGAAAGCCAUGUCCUUGAGGAUAUGUUGGCUUCCUGGCACUUUGAGUGGAUACGGGUGAUGGUGGACCCGGAGAGAAAGGGCUUCAUCAACAAGCUGUAUGCCAUCCAGGAUGUGUGCAUCAGUGUGCAGAAUGCGUUGGAUGAAGUAGCCUCCUACGGCGAGAGGAUAAAGAACACCUUUAACUGGACAGUGCCUUUCCUAAGCUGGCUGGCCAUUGUUGCACUGUGUGUGGCCACUGUGCUCAUCUACUAUAUCCCCCUACGCUACAUCGUCCUGGCCUGGGGGGUGAAUAAAUUCACCAAGAAGCUCCGUGACCCAUACAACAUUGACAACAACGAGCUCCUGGACUUCCUGUCCAGAGUCCCCUCAGAUAUACAAGUGGUGCAGUACCGAGAACUGAAACUGGAUCUCAGUCAUAGUCCAAAUAAAAGAAAGAAAAACAACCCGGGGUAGCUGGCUUUGUCCGCCCACUGAAUCUUCCCUCCCUCAACGGCCCGACACCAAGGAGCAGAGGAAGACUGGUCUGGACCAGCUCAACCCUCUCUCUCUCUCUCCACUUGUUUCUCCUCUUCCUCUUCUCUCUCUUCUACUGACUUUAAAUAUACAUAUACAGGCUCCCGAAGUGUAAUUAUCAUUGUAGAAAGAGACAACUAGAGAAAAAUCUUAAUGACGUGUUUAGUGAUGAAAGUGGACCGGACCAUUCCAGACCCAGGUGUUUACUGCAUUGAACCAGUCUGACAGAUGUACAAGUCAUGCUCAACUGUGUCAUAGUUAUGAGUUCAUUCGAAAAUGUUUCAGCCAUUUCUACAUAAUUCCCCAUAAGGAACAUAUCAUUUAACCCUAUCAUGGUCAGAAAGCCGCUAACCAGGUAGAAUGGAUGUGUUUACUUUUCAAAACAGAACUCCCAAUGACCUCUGGGUAUAGGCAUGUGGAGCAAUAGAUAAAGAGCUUAUUAAUUCAUUAUUUUACCAAUUCUGUAAAUUACUUUGUAUUGUAUUUACAUUUUAGAUCAUUUAGAAUUUUUUGGGGAAGGAGUGUUCUUUCUGCACCAAGCCUCUAUCUCAGCCAGUGUACAGUGUUACAUAUUGAUUAGCUAUUAGCCCGUUAGCCUACAGCUCCAGUAGGUCAUGCUGCUAGCACACUGCACUGAGAAAACUAAAACAGAUAGCCCUACAGUACACCGUUCAUUGAACUCUUUGAAGCUGUAUUUGUACAACAUGUACAGUUGCACUAUGGCCACAUUUCUAAUUGCCUCUCACAGAUGUCUUACUUAAAUCAGUGAGAGGCAAUGAGAUAUUUGAAGAGGUCAAAUGCUCAUUGUCUUUUCAGUUCGUAGGCCUAUAUACAUAUCUGUUCCAGUAGUCCUUGACUAUCCAAAUGAAUGAUAACUUCAAAACCUCAAUCAUCCUCUUUGAAAUGGAACUGAAAACUGCUGCAGUCCUGACGAUAUGCCGUUCUUCCAGUCUUCACUACCGUCUAUAGCGCAGAUCAGUGUUUUCCUACCUAGAAACAGGGUGUUGUUUCCCCCAGCAGAGGCAGGCAAGUGUGGAUUGCUGCUGUGCCACUGCGCUAAUAUAGAUGUCACCCUGUGCAGACAGAAUCGCCAGGCAGGCCUUAGGCAGCCCGAGCGGUAAUCUUAUUUGAAAGGAUGGCCUCCUCUCCUCUCAUCUCCACAUGUUGCCUCAGUGGGCACACACACACACACACACACACACACUCCAACACUGUGCCACAGGCUGGCCACCCUCUCCAUCUGCCCCACCUCCUGCUCAACUUUGAUCUCUCUUUCAAGGGAUGUGUGUUUGUGUAUUUGUUUGUUUGUGUGUAUGUGUGUGCAUGUGUCCCACUGGGCAAAAACUGGUUGAAUUAAAAUUGUUUCCACAUCAGUUCAACCACAAAAUUCAAUGUGAUGACGUUGAAUCAAUGUGGAAAACUGAUGGUUUUGCAAGAAGUCAAUCCACGUAAGGGAAUUUAGUCUUUUUUUCACCCAACUUUUAACUUAAAUCGAAUGACCUGGUGAAAUGUUUGGUUGAUUUCAGGUUAGUUGACAAUUUAACCAAAUGGAUAUCAAAACUAGACGUUGAACUGACGUCUGUGUCCAGUGGGGAGUUUAUGCAAGCAAACAAACAAGCUGCAUGCUUGGAGGGUGUCCCCAUAGACAGUGUGUGUACAUGCUGUGUAUGUAUGCUAUAUGUGUGUGCACAUAUAAAUGUGCAUGUGCAUAAUUCCAGAGUUGUCUGUGUUCUCUGGCUCUGGCUCUGGAAAGGGAUAUGGAUGUGAUUGUGAACUUGUAGGGCCAGAUGCUGUGUUUUGGUGGUGGAGAGGCGUCUGCUAGAUGAGCAGCCAGUUAGCCGCUGUGUGACAAGACAAGACGCUUAGUGGCCAGAGACUGCGGGGCUUUGUGCCUGUGUGUGUGCACCCUUUUUCCAAAUCCCUCCCAUCAUCCCUGUCACUCUCCCUCUCUCAUUCGUCAGUGGUUGGGGGUCGUGGCCCUGUCUGAAGGGAAAGUCUCCCGGGUCUCUCCCAGAGCAUCUGUUGAAAGAUCACAGCGUAGGCUACAUCUGAGGAGCCUUCCACUCCUCCAGAUACCCCUCUCCCUCCCUCCAUCCCUUAAACUUCAGCAAGCGUAUAUCUGCCACUUUGGAAGGCCAUUGAUUUGGUUUGUUUUGAGAAAUGCACUUGAAAGACAAUAAAUAACAUGCACCGUGAAGAGUAGGACCUACACGGGAUAUAUCAUCCUCACCAAAAGACAGACUUGUGUCUUUUUGUACUGCCUAAAGGGGACAGUUUGAAAACCUGAAUGUGAAUGUGUGUACUACUGUACGUGGUAUAAUUUACAGUAACUGUGGUGGGUAUAUUGUGUGUGGUCUUGCAUCCAAAUAUUCUAAGUUGUAUAACAUUGUUUUGGCUAUGUUUGCAAGCAAACUGAAGUGAUUUAUUUGAUGCUACAGAAAGAAAUGCUAAACAGAAUGUAUCGGACAGACAUAAAGGAAAAAGUCACUUUCAUUUGCACCAUUUAUUUUUACUCAACAAAAUUUUUUGGAGUGAUGUGUAUAAUAUGCUUGUAAAUGGUCUAAUGUUGGUUGAUGAUCUUGUAUAGGUGUAUGCUUGUAAUUUCUCUCUGAGGUAUUUUCGCCUGCACCGUUGCCUGAGGACAAGGAUGGGGAUUUGGGGUGGGUGGGCAGUAAGGGAAAGUUAUGAAACAAUAAUGUACAUCUAAUAUGACAAAUAAAUGCACCUGAUGUAUGUCGAUUCUUUUGAAAAACAUGUGAAAGAUUAAAUAUUUUGUAUAAUC